GUUAUGGGUCAGACCAAGAGGCCUGACUCUGGGCUUGCAAUCCUGGAUCUCCAAGCUUCUCUUCUGUGUGCUUGUCAUCUCCUGUCCAUGGGCUGACUCAGCCACCAAACCCAAGGAUCAAAGCAAGGGAGCGAAAGAAAAGAGGAAAGGACCAGCUAGGGAUGAGCUCCAGCUGCCAGAGGCACAGGCAGCUGUCCCUGACCCUAUGCUCAAGGGGGACUCCAGGAUCUCCGUGGACAGCCCUUACAUUCUGCUGGAGGAUUACGAGCAGAGCAUCCAGGAGAUGGUGAGCCAGCUGUGGAACAACUCGGAGCCAGCCGACAGCAUGUGCCAGGUCAACCUGAGACUCUGGAGGUCCAAUAAGAGGAGCCUCUCUCCAUGGGCCUACAGGAUCAACCACGAUGCCACACGGAUCCCAGCAGACAUCCCCGAGGCGCAGUGCCUCUGCACUGGCUGCAUCCACCCCCUCACCAUGCAGGAGGACCGCAAGCUGCCCGUCCGCCGGCUCCUGUGCCACACCCCACAGGGCUCAGGAGCCAAGCCCCGCAGGAAGAAGAAGAGGUGCCACAAGGAGUACAAGAUGGUCAUGGAAACCAUCGCUGUGGGCUGCACCUGCAUCUUUUGA